AUGGUACCAGAUUCAUCUAUACCCGUUGAAAUAAAGUACGCCAAUGCAUCUGACCUAAGUGAGCUCGUAGGCGUCGAAAUUCGCUCUUUUCCCUUAUCCAAUUAUAUGUGCAGCACAUAUAAGGGAUGUGAUCCGUUGGCAGUUCACACAUUCAAAACAGUCUCUUCCCUCGAGUAUUUCGCCAAACCCGAGUGCCAUAUUCUAGCGGGUGUCGACUCUAAAGCCGGUGAUAUCAUCGCAUACAGCCGCUGGAAUAUACCGGCUAUUUACGAGUUUGAAAGAGCCGUAGACACAAGUCUAAGCAACGAUGCGCAAGCGCAAAUGAAGAAUAUUUGGGCGUACGCCCCAAAGUUGAACAAGGGCACCUACACGUUCUACGAGGAAAUGAUAAAGCGUAGUAGGAACAUAUAUCUCAAGGAAACUGAUAUUGUCCUUGAACUACUAUGCGUCUUACCAGAGUACCAAAGAAUUGGAAUAGGAAGUGCGUUACUUAAAUGGGGUAUCGAGAAAGCAGACGCCAGUAACGCCCGGAUAUACCUGGAAGCUACGAUGGAAGGAGUGCCAGCUUAUUUGAAGCACGGGUGGAAGAUCGUCGAGGAAAUACAGCUGGAUUACACGGAGUGUGGUGGAGAGGGAAGCCAGAAGUUCGCAUUGAUGAUUAGAGAGCCCCAGUAA